AUGUCCUGCUCCAGCCUGUGCGUGCCCAGCUGCGGCGUGGCCACCCCGGCCCCUCUGGCUGACACCUGCAACGAGCCCUGCGUGCGGCAGUGCCCCGACUCCACGGUGGUCAUCCAGCCCCCGGCCUCGGUGGUCACCUUCCCCGGGCCCAUCCUUAGCUCCUUCCCGCAGCAGAGCGCCGUGGGCUCGGCCGGAGCUCCCUACGUGGGCGCCGGCUCCGGGGGCGCCUUCGGAAGCCGUGGGGGCUACGGGGGCUACGGGGCCCUUGGGGGCUAUGGGGGCUAUGGCAGCUAUGGGGGUUAUGGAGGUUUCGGGAGUUACGGAGGUUUUGGGGGUUACGGGAGCUGUGGCCGCGGUUCCCGCUCCUUCGGGGGCUCCUGCGGGCCCUGCUAA